AUGGAAAUCAAAUGCGAACCGACCGAACACAGGCCGCCAAUCGGGUUAUCUACCGAUAAAGAUUUGGUCACAGCUGGGUCUAAAGCAGCUGAUGAUGAUACCUACGUGAUCAUGGACAAUUUAGACAAUUUUAUAGCUCCACACCGACCCCACGAGCCGCUAUACUUUGGCUGCAAACUACAGUACCGGGACGUGGUAUACAUGAGCGAUGUGGUCGGCCAUGUGCUGAGCCGGGCCGCUGUCAAACAGUUUUUUACUGCCGGUGUUACCACAGGUUAG